AUGCCUCCUAUUCCAGUCUAUAGCUCCAGCCCUAUUACCGCUGCGAAGCCAUCGGGUGUCACUCCCAAGACAGCCAACCCGGGAGAACCACAUCAGUCCAGCCAGCCUCAGCCGGAAACUUCUCCAGUUGGCACACAGUCUCGUUAUACGCCCGCUCAACCUGGAGCAGUGCCGUCUCUACCCAAGCCGACAGGCGCACCGCAGCCAGGCAAUGUUGAUGUUGCGGCUACACCUACGCGGACCAGCGCGUUGAGAGAUGGCCCGCCGCCGCCCCAACCUGGUGCUGUUCCGGUUCCUCUGGGUUCCCGAACGCCAAGCGAUCUGCCUCCUCCGCCCAGGGCUGGCGAGUCGCUGAGGCCUCAGCAAGAGGUGCCGGUGACUACCAUGCCGCCGCAGAUGGGAUAUCAGCCACCUCAAGCAUCUCUGCCCAUCCAGGGCCGAUCAUCAACUGCUACGACGGCACCGCCUACCAUGAUGACUUCGCUGCCGCCUCAAAACGGGUCCCCUGCCACCAGGACCGUCCAGGGCAACUACCCGACUGCAGGGUACUCGCCUCCAGCGGGGGGCUACCAGCAGGACGUGAAUGCCGCAGGGUUCAGCCAGCAUCAGGGUUUAGCAGCCGCCUCUGAAGAGCAAGGUGAGGCGGGUGUUUGGGACACAGCAAAGAAAUGGGCUGCCUCAGCUGGCGAAAGCCUCGCUGCUGCGGAGAGCAAAGUUUGGAAGAGGAUCAACAAGGACUGA